AUGUCUAGAGACGCACCUUUGAAAGCGGAAAAGGAUUAUACUGAAAUUCUGAAGGAAGAGCUUCCUAAAAUUGAGGUCUUAGCUCAAAAUGAUACACAAGGUGCUUUGGACAAGCUACUGGUGCUUGAGAAGAAAACUCGGCAGUCAUCCGACUUAGAGUCAUCAAAAAAAGUUCUAGCGAGUAUUGUUGAACUCCUUGUCGGCAAAAACCAAUGGGGCGAACUGGAUGAGCAACUUAUUGCGCUGUCUAAGAAACACGGGCAACUGAAAAUGUCCGUGCAGUUCAUGGUUCAGAAGAUCAUGGAACACCUGGAACAGCUGCAGGACCUAAAAACAAAGGUUAAAGCAAUUGAAACCAUCAGAACGGUCACCGAGAACAAGAUAUUCGUCGAGGUCGAGAGAGCGCGUGUCACGCGUAUUCUAACCGAAAUUCGCAGAUCAGAAGGAGACAUUGACCAGGCAACCGAUCUGUUGUGCUCAUUACAGGUCGAGACAUUCGGUUCGAUGGACAUGUACGAGAAGAUUGGGUUCAUUCUCGAGCAGAUGGAGCUAAGCAUCCUCAGGGGUGACUACUCACAGGCAACCGUUCUUUCGCGCAAGGUUUUGAGAAAGACAUUUAAGAACGAGAAGUACGAGGCCCUGAAGCUGGACUAUUUCGAACUCCUGAUCAAAAUUGGCCUCCAUAAGCGCGAUUAUCUCCAGGUUGCACAGUACUAUCAAGAAAUAUACAACACCGAGAGCAUUAAAAAGGACGAGGCUAAGUGGAAGCAUGCGUUGACGCAUGUCGUACUUUUCCUGGUGCUGACCCCAUACGACAAUCUCCAGAACGAUUUGAUUCACAAAGUUCAGCUCGACAACAAUCUCAAAAAGUUGGAAAAACCAGAGUCUUUGGUGAAGUUGUUCACAACAGCCGAACUAAUGAGGUGGCCGUUCGUGAAGGAGUCUUAUGAAUCGUUUUUGAAUUCAGACGAUGUCGCGUUUGGCAAAAACAACGCGCAUUGGGAGGAUCUAAGGAAAAGGGUUAUUGAGCACAACUUGAGGGUUGUUUCCAAAUACUACACACGCAUUAACUUGUCGAGACUCAAUGAGCUCCUAGAUCUGACAGAAACUGAAACUGAAAGAUUUAUCAGCGAUUUGGUCAAUCAAGGUGUUAUCUAUGCCAAGAUCAACAGACCGGCUAAAAUUGUAAAUUUCGGCAGACCCAAGAACUCAAGCUUACUUCUGAACGAGUGGUCGCAAAAUGUUGAUCAGCUUUUGGAACACAUUGAAACAAUAGGUCAUUUGAUCACCAAGGAGGAAAUCUUGCAUGGAUUGAAGGGGAACUAG